UGUGUACUACGUCCACCCAGCGAUGACCACCAGAGUGACACUUCCGGAGAGACAACCACCAGUGACAGUGGGCGGGGCGGAAGUGAGGAGGACAUUCAAUUGCCGCCCCUGCCGGAAAACUGCGAAGACACAUCCCGCAUCAUCUUCAGGUCGAUUGGGGCUGGACUAAAAGACUCGCGCUUUGUCCAAUCCGAUCAUCCGGAUUCCAGGGACAAUGACAGCAUAGCAUUUGAAACCUUUUCUCCAAGAACUCUUCCAACGGCUGGUGGACAUUCGGAGAGGCUGCCAACUUUAGCCCGAGAUGUUCAGACACUCAAUAUCCUUGAUAAACACGAAAGGCGCUGGUUGACCAAAAAGAGUAAUCUAUCUUACGACGCACAGAAUUGUCUCAAUCAUCCAUCGUAUAUUUUACCGAGUGGCAAACAACAGCAACAUUACCACCCACAACCACAACAACAACAUUCUAGCUCAAUUUCAGGGCCUGGUCAGUACCCGCAGAACAUCCCGGAUCGCGGGGAUCCUGGAGUUGGCAGUAAGAAAGUCACAUUCCAGACAGAUCUCACCACACAAAACCUGAAAACCUGGGACUUAUGUCAGAAGAUGAAUGCCCAACCCGCUGGGAUGUAUCUGACUCCAAAGGGCUGUCAUAGUUCUACAGCAGCUCAGCGUAUUCCUUGCGGAAGCAAGUCCCGUAAUCAGGAUGACGACGAUAACACUACCACAUCCGGAAGCUAUACCAUCAGCCCCGAGAAUGACCUUGAAGAUAUCCUUACAGUGUCUUUUCCGGUGGCAUAG